AUGGAAGAACAUGAAGCGGAUGUCUUCUCUCUCUUACCAUCAGAUCUUCUGUUUCACAUAAUCUGUCUUCUUCCUCUCGAAUCCGCCAGACAGACUCCAUUCGUCUCGGAAAGAUGCAGGUUUGUAUGGAAUUCUGGUUCACUUCUUCAACACGGAUCCAGACAAGAUUUAGCUUCUGCCCUUUUUCGUUUUAUCGAAAACUUUUACGAGCUUGAUCCGACGAAGAACAUUGGAAAACUAGAGUUUCACUUCGAUGAGAGAAGCAUCGUGUCAGCCAUUAUCGGACGGUGUGAAGCUCUGCGUCUAAGGUUCUCUUCUGAGCAAGAAACCUAUGAAGAGUUCCAAUGGCGUUUGGAGAUAAACCCUAAUGCAUCAGACCGGAUUCCGAGACGUGUCCCGGUACCAGGAAGUUUCUUUGUGAAGACCCUUUGCCUGGUUUCGGUUAAUCAUUUAACCCACGAGGUUGUUGCAUCCAUGGUUUUGGAUUUUCCCUUCCUCGAAAACGUUAAAGUUUCAAGUUGCAGCGGAUUGGCUUCUCUCACCAUUGAUUCAGCAUUUAAGCUUCUUCACUUGUCGAUCUUGGACUGUCCACAUCUGAGAUUUCUCGGUAUCAGAUCUUUCAAGCUGAAAACGCUCCGGUAUCGGGGAUCUCUCCCGUCCAUCAAGAUCCGAGAGCAUUUCAACUUGUCCGAGGCUGCUUUCGACAUAAGACGAGGCCCAAAGUACAACACUUUCAACAUCUCGGAGUUCGGUCCUGUCUUGCUGAUCAUCAAGAACUCUGAAACUCUCGCACUCUGCAGGUGGAUGUUCGAGGAAUUAAUCAUUCCCUCUAUAUCCUCAUCGGAAACAGCUUUCCAAUUCUAUAAGCUGCAAGAGUUGAGGUGGAUCGAUAACUCACUCGAACAAGAAAAUAUCCAUUCUUUGAUCUCCUUUCUCAUACUAUGCCCUUCGAUCAAGCGUCUCUUCAUCACUAUCGAUCCGAAUACUUACACAUCAGAAAGAGCAAUUUCUUUGCCCAACAAUGUAACCAAGCACACGAGGAUAGACAACAUGUUUAUAGUCAAAUUUGAAGGACCGACAAGUGAAAAGGACAAGACACGUGCGGUCGAGGCUUUGCAGGAGAUGAUGGAUAUAUAUGUGCAUAUAUAGUCUGAUCCAAAUGCAUGAAGGCAAGUGGGUUUAUAUAUACACAUAUAUACAUAUAUACAUCGUCAUAUAUAUACGUUUGUCAUUAAGAUAUGCAUGCUCAAAGAUUAUAUGACCCUUCACGUGAGUUUUCUUGAUACACACGAAACCACGUCAGCAAUAAGACCGAUU